AUUGGGUUGGGUGCAAAAGAUACGGUGGUGCGUUUCUUAACAAAGGCGCUUUAUUGAAGAAGGGUGUUGUGAUUUUUUUUUUUUCCUUUGAAGGAUUAUUCAAGCUAAUUAAAUUGUUUUGGUGAAUUUUUAAAAACAAACUUAUCCUGUUCCCCGGGAACCAUGAAAACCCGUUGGAGUUUUGUGAUCGCCACAUUGUGCGUGUCCUACAUUAUCACCCUUACAUCUGCCAAAGCAUUAAUCGAUCAACAAGCUGAAGCCUCCCAAGCUGUCAGCACAAGUGUAGCACAACAACGAAUCGGCCAUGCCGAUGUAGUCGAAGAUGUUCACGUUCAUGAUCACUAUGAUCACCAUGAACAUCAUCACGAUCCCGGCUACUGGAAGAAAAAAGUAAUCUGGAAAGAAGGAUGGAAGAAAAUUUGGAAACCUGGCAAGAAACAAAUCUGGAAACCAUCAUGGAAGCAAAUUUGGAAACCAAUUUGGGUGCCCACCAAAGUAGCCGCCUGGAAAGAUAUUCAAGUUCCAGCAUGGAAACAAAUCUGGAAGCCAGUAUGGAAGGAAAUUCAAGUUCCCGCCUGGAAGGAAAUCCAAGUUCCAGACUGGAAGAAAAUAUGGAAGCCAAUUUGGGUGCCAACUAAAGUACCUGCAUGGAAAGAUAUUCAAGUACCUGAUUGGAAGAGAAUUUGGGUGCCAGUAUGGAAGGAAAUUCAAGUUCCAGCCUGGAAAGAAAUUCAAGUUCCCGAAUGGAAGCAAUAUUGGACACCUGAAUGGAUUAAAGUGGGUAUACCUGGUGAGAAAUUCUUGGGCAAAGAUCAUGAAGGUUGGGAAUACACUAGUCACGAUCUGUGGAAGAAGAAAUUGAUCUGGAAAUCUCACUGGAAGAAAAUCUGGAAACCAGCGAAAAAACAAAUCUGGGUGCCUAGCAAAAAACUCGAAUGGAAAGAAGAAUGGAAACAAAUUUGGAAACCUGCGAAGAAACAAAUUUGGGUCGAUGAUAAGAAACUCGCCUGGAAAGAAGCCUGGAAACAAAUCUGGAAACCAGCUAAGAAACAAAUCUGGGUGCCUAGCAAGAAACUCGAAUGGAAGGAAGAUUGGCAACAAAUCUGGAAACCAGCUAAAAAGCAAAUCUGGGUCGAAGACAAGAAACUCGAAUGGAAGGAAGCGUGGAAACAAAUCUGGGUGCCAGCCUGGAAGGAAAUUUGGCUACCUGCAUGGAAGAAAAUCUGGAAACCAGUUGUCAUUUCUGAAUGGUUCCCAACUCCAGAUCAUCACGAUCUUCAUCAUGGCGGUGGUGACCAUGUCGCUGGUUGGGAUCGAAAAGACAGUGAUCCCAAAACAGUCUGGAAACGAAGUGGUGAAGCAGCAGCCAAUCCACCACUCGAAGAAACUAGUAGCAGUAGUACAGCUGUAGUAACUGGCAGUGCUCCAGCUACGGUAGCAGUCGAACCAGCUACAAAGGCACAACCAGCGCCGCAACAGUGAUCAGUCGACUUGUAAUAUGGUCCCCUAAGUCUUAGAAUAUAGGUUAGAGUAUAGGACUUCUUAAAUUAAUUAAACAAAAACCCCAUUCGAGAGUCACGUAGAGACUAUUUAUGCGCCAUUUUGGAAAGAAACAUUUUUUUGUCUUCCUUCUGUUCUUUAACUGUCAUAAUUAAAAAAAAAAAAAAACGAAAAUUUACAACAAAAAUGCAAAUGUGUGUAGACUGAUACUAUACUAUGCACAUUGCCAAGUUCAUCCUUGUAAAUAAUUCAGUUCAGUUAGUAAGGUACCUUAUAAGGAUUUAAUUUUAUAUUAUUUUGUUUGUUGAGCUAGUAAUUUGUUUUAUGGAAUAAAUGCUUAAUUUAAGAAUAUUGAUUUUGUAGGAAAAAAGGUCACACAACAUACACAACACACAAACACUCUUCAAGGCGGGGGCUUUCCCGGGCCCCCACAAAAGAACAAAAAAACGAUCUU